GUUGAUAGAAAUAAGAAUUCUUAAAUGUAAAAAAUCAAUUCUUAAUGAGGCCGAGAACACCGAGGUUAAGUUAGAGAAUGCGAAGUUAAAACAGAUGAUGGAUGAAAAUGUCAAGCGUGAGGCUGAGAAUACUGAGCUUAAAGUCGAAGUGGCAAAAUUACGACACGAUUUAGAAGAACUUUAA